ACUUGUGGGGGUUGGUUGUCAUGGAUAUAUGGGUUUUGGUAGUUUGUUACCUACAUAAUAUUUAAUGUAAAAAUUAAAAGACGAUUAGGUGUAGUGAACAAUAAUCAAUUUUAUUUAUUUUUAUUUACUCACUACGAGUGAUCAAAAAAGAUAAAUACAAACAUUUCACAUGAUGUGCACAACAAAUUCUAAGAAUAAUAAUAAUUAUGUAACGUCUUACAGAGAGGGUCAUAAAUUUAUACCUAACGUACCGUUCGAAAGCAAUGUAUCGUUACUGGACACUGGAAUUGGAUCGAAGCCCAAUAUUCCAGAAUUAAGGCAAUGGAAUUAUGACACGUCGACUAACGUUCAUCAUGGUUUUAAAAUUAACACCAUGGACCCUAUACAGAGAUCUACGAAAUUAAAUAUUGACCAAACUCACUAUAUCAUGCCCCAGUUGGAAAAAUAUUGGUCGAAUCCUCCAAAACCAAUUUUCAUACCACCAACUGAGUACAAUAAUAAAUAUAUACAACCAAAAUUGAUGUCAAACAUCAAACAGAUGCCUACAACAAUGAUUUGUGUUCAACCAACUCCGAUUGCUCGUAAACCUCUUGGCACAGUACAAACGCUAAAAGUUAGUGAUGCAGGAGCAAUCAAAAAAGUAGACCCGUAUGUUAGUACUCAGAAGUUAGAUUACAUCGAAAUAAAUCAAGAUAUAGCAAAACAAAUAAAUUCUAAAUAUUCAAAAUUACAACACAGUAAGCCAGCGUACAAGCCGUUUUACAAUGAACCAAUAUUCAAUCGACAAAAUAUCAUACGUUUAUUGCCAAACACUUUAAAACAUGUUCCACACAAUUGCCUCAUAUCUGAAAUGAGAGCUUCAUAUAAAAAACCAUUUCAUACAUCAACAUUUGUUGAUACUGUAGAAAUGCCAAUAUCCAUUUCAAGGAAUCCAACUUUGUCUCAAAUAUUGUCUGUACCUGGGAUGUACACAACUGAAUACUCAAUAAUUGGUGGAAAUUAAUAAUACACAAAUUUAUUAUACAAUAGUAAAUAGCUAAACGAUUAUAAAAAUAUAAUUUUACAAAAAUUUCAAUCUAAA